AUGGCCCGAAUCGACUACCAUGGGUCAUUACUGGCCCUAUUCUGUCUGUUCGGCUCGACCCUCGCGCAUGGCGGCCAUGAGAACGUUCCCGAAGACGGCGCCAUGUCGGAUGAUCCUAUCGACUCGACACUAUGGACGCACAUGAUCUUGAUGGGUCUCACGUUCGGCAUCAUCUUCCCAUUCGGCAUGGUCCUAGGUAUCGUGCGCUCGCGGUGGCACGUCCCCGUCCAAAUCGUCGGCACCGUCGUCGCAGUGGUCGCCUACUUCCUUGGCCACGCCCACGGCGGCCGCCAAUACGCACAUAACGCCCACGCCUCCUUCGCGAACUGGUUGAUGUUGAUCCUGGUGGCGCAGGUUGUGCUGGGAGUGUAUCUGAAGAUGCACCUGAAGCGAGCUGGGCAGGAGCGCAUCCGGUGGAUCUUUGUGCUGGCGCAUGGGAUUCUCGGCAAGAUUAUGCCCGUUGUCAGCUGGGCGCAGAUGCUCUUUGGGGGCAUCGCGGCCCUGGGAUUCUGUCGCGGGGAUCAUCUCGGACAGUGUCUUGCUCAUUUUAUCAUGGGGAGCGCGUUCAUUGCGUAUGGGAUUCUCUUGACGAUUCUGUUGCUCGUGGGCCAGUUCUGGUUGCGUCGGACGGGACGCAGCCAGGAAUUCUUCGAUUCAUUGAUCAUCGCUGCCUGGGGUUGCGUCAAUACCUUCACCGAGCACCGCUGGGGUAGUGCUUGGGUCCACAAUGACCUCCAGCAUACGACCAUGGGGAUUGUCUGGUGGUGCGCGGGUCUGCUGGGCAUGUGGUUGAGUCGCAGCCGCAAUGGCCGGCCCAAGCGGAAUCUGAUCCCUGCCUUGGUCAUCUUGAUGACUGGCUACGCCAUGUCUGCGCACCCGCAGAGUCUGAUGAUCAGUACCAUGAUCCACUCGAUCUUCGGAUACACCUUGAUGGCGGCCGGGAUCACGCGAAUCAUUGAGAUCUCCUUCGUGUUGAAGGACAAGCCCUCGGCCAGCGCCACCGACGCAUCGGAGACGAACAGCUUCCAAUAUCUUCCCCCCUUCCUACUGUACGCUUCAGGCUUCCUCUUCAUGGGCGCCACAGAAGAGCAAAUGAAACUCCUCAGCGACGCCGGCAUCACGCACGUCUCCUACGUGCUGAUCCUGUACAGCAUCGCAUUCAUCCUCUUCCUCUUCGUCAACGUCCUCCUCCACAUCUACGCCACCCACGCCUGGCCUAACCCAGAAGACCAGGCCGGUGCUGCCGCACCAGGUCCCAACGCCCGUAAAGCGUACAUGAACGGCCGGGCACGGUCUGCCUCCGAGGCGCAGCAGAUUCACGACGCCGAGACCUUCGAGCUGCAUGGUCUCAUCUCUGACGAUGAGCACGACGACGAGGAUGUCCCCGGUGGCUCGGGCGAGCACCGAAUGGGCCCGAAGAAGGCGAUCGAUGAGGAGAAUCCGUUCACCAAGGAGUGA